AUGGCCAAGGAACAGCUGGAGGUGCUUAACGCACUAGAUGUGGCAAAAACACAAUGGUACCAUUUCACUGCUAUCAUUAUUGCUGGAAUGGGUUUCUUCACCGAUGCAUAUGAUCUGUUCUGCAUAUCCCUUGUCACAAAAUUGCUUGGCCGCAUAUACUACCAUGUCGACGGUGCAGCGAAGCCUGGAUCAUUGCCUCCCAACGUAGCAGCAGCUGUUAAUGGUGUGGCACUCGUUGGAACUCUAGCCGGCCAGCUCUUCUUUGGCUGGCUUGGUGACAAAUUGGGAAGGAAGAGGGUCUAUGGGCUGACUCUGAUGCUCAUGGUCUUAUGUUCUGUUUGUUCGGGCCUUUCUUUAGGCCGCGAUGCCAAGGCUGUCAUGUCAACCCUUUGCUUCUUCAGAUUCUGGCUUGGUUUUGGCAUUGGUGGUGACUACCCGCUUUCUGCAACCAUCAUGUCUGAGUAUGCUAACAAGAAAACUCGUGGUGCCUUCAUUGCAGCGGUAUUUGCCAUGCAGGGCUUUGGGAUUUUAGCUGGCGGGAUAUUUGCUAUAAUUAUGUCAUCUGUAUUCGAAGCCAAGUACAGUGCUCCUGCUUAUCAAGUUGAUCCAAUCGCUUCAACCAUCCCUCAAGCCGACUAUCUUUGGAGAAUCAUUGUAAUGGUCGGAGCACUACCAGCAGCACUGACCUACUAUUGGCGUAUGAAGAUGCCCGAAACUGCUCGGUACACGGCCCUUGUUGCCAAGAAUGCCAAGCAGGCAGCCUCUGACAUGUCGAAGGUUUUGCAAGUUGACAUUGAAGCAGAAACUCAGAAGAUUGAGAAGCUAGAUGGGCAACCAGCCAACUCUUUUGGUUUGUUCUCGUCGAAGUUUCUUCGUCGCCACGGGCUUCACUUGUUGGGAACAGCAAGCACGUGGUUCUUGCUUGACAUUGCAUUCUACAGCCAAAAUCUUUUCCAAAAGGAUAUCUUUAGCGCAAUUGGAUGGAUUCCUCCGGCAAAAACUAUGAAUGCAGUUCAAGAGGUUUAUAGAAUUGCAAGGGCACAAACACUGAUUGCUUUAUGCAGUACUGUCCCAGGCUACUGGUUCACGGUGGCUUUUAUUGAUAAAAUCGGAAGGUUUGCCAUCCAACUGAUGGGUUUCUUCUUCAUGACAGUGUUUAUGUUUGCGAUUGCAAUUCCUUACAAACACUGGACCCACAGUGAGAAUAGAAUUGGAUUCGUGGUCAUGUACUCAUUUACCUUCUUCUUUGCAAACUUCGGACCCAAUGCCACCACAUUUGUGGUGCCAGCCGAGAUAUUCCCAGCAAGGUUGAGGUCUACCUGCCACGGAAUAUCAGCAGCAUCAGGGAAGCUUGGGGCUAUCGUUGGUGCGUUUGGUUUCUUAUAUUUGGCUCAGAAUCAGGACAAGGCCAAGGCCGAUGCAGGAUACCCUGCAGGUAUUGGGGUGCGCAAUUCGCUUCUUGUACUGGGUGUGGUCAACCUCUUGGGUCUGCUGUUUACUUUCUUGGUGCCAGAAUCAAAGGGGAAAUCUCUUGAGGAGAUGUCCGGUGAAAAUGAGGUUGAGGAGCAGUAACGGUGGUCUGAAGUACACAUGGAAAAUAACCGUAUUAAUUUUAUUUUAUUUUUUUGGGCAGUAGUUCAUUCUCGUAUUUUUGUUCAUGUUUGUCUGCGACAGCUUCUAGUGCUGAAAAU